AUAGCCCCAUUUGGACAGCUGCAUAGACUGAGCGCAACCCAGCAGGAAGGCAGGGAGUGCGGAGAGGAGGCCACCCACCAUGGCCCUAGGCUUGGAGCAGGCAGAGGAACAGCGGCUGUACCAGCAGACCCUCCUGCAGGAUGGGCUAAAGGACAUGCUGGACCACGGCAAGUUCCUUGACUGUGUGGUACGGGUGGGUGAAUGUGAAUUUCCAUGCCACCGCCUGGUAUUGGCCGCCUGCAGCCCCUACUUCCGGGCACACUUCCUGGCUGAGCCAGAGAGUGCCGGCGAGCUGCGCCUGGAAGAAGUGUCCCCAGAUGUAGUGGCCCAGGUGCUGCACUACCUGUAUACAUCGGAGAUCGCGCUGGACGAGGCGAGUGUGCAGGAUCUGUUCGCCGCCGCGCACCGCUUCCAGAUCCCGUCCAUCUUCACCAUCUGUGUGUCCUUCCUGCAGAAGCGCCUGUGCCUUGCCAACUGCCUGGCGGUCUUCCGCCUCGGCCUACUGCUUGACUGCGCGCGCCUCGCUGUGGCCGCCCGCGACUUCAUCUGCGCGCGCUUCUCGCUGGUGUCGCGUGACGCCGACUUCCUCGGGCUCUCAGCUGACGAGCUCAUCGCCAUCAUCUCCAGCGAUGGCCUUAACGUGGAGAAAGAGGAGGCGGUGUUCGAGGCGGUGAUGCGAUGGGCGAGCAGUGGCGAUGCUGAGGCUCAGGCAGAGCGCCAGCGCACCCUGCCCACAGUCUUCGAGAGCGUGCGCUGCCGCCUACUGCCGCGUGCCUUCCUGGAGAGCCGCGUGGAGCGCCACCCUCUUGUGCGUGCCCAACCCGAGCUGCUGCGCAAGGUGCAGAUGGUGAAGGAUGCACACGAGGGCCGCCUCACCGUGCUGCGCAAGAAGAAGAAGGAGAAGGGAAAGGAGGCAGCGGGAGCCAAGGCCACUGACAAGGGCACAGCAGAAGCCAAGGCAGAAGAGAAUGAGGAGGAAGAUGAGCGUGUCCUACCUGGGAUUCUCAAUGACACCCUGCGCUUUGGCAUGUUCCUGCAGGACCUCAUCUUCAUGAUCAGUGAAGAGGGCGCUGUGGCUUAUGAUCCAGCAGCCAACGAGUGCUACUGUGCAUCCCUCUCCACCCAGAUCCCCAAGAACCAUGUCAGCCUGGUGACCAAAGAGAACCAGGUCUUCGUGGCUGGGGGUCUUUUCUACAAUGAGGACAACAAAGAGGACCCCAUGAGCGCUUACUUCUUGCAGUUUGACCACCUGGACUCAGAGUGGCUGGGGAUGCCGCCUCUGCCAUCGCCACGUUGCCUCUUCGGCCUGGGAGAGGCUCUCAACUCCAUUUACGUGGUCGGCGGCCGAGAGCUCAAGGACGGCGAGCGCAGCCUGGACUCGGUCAUGUGCUACGACAGGCUGUCAUUCAAAUGGGGCGAAUCAGACCCGCUGCCUUAUGCCGUGUAUGGCCACGCGGUGCUCUCCUACAUGGACCUUGUCUAUGUCAUUGGUGGCAAAGACAGAGACAGGAAGUGCCUGAACAAGAUGUGCGUCUAUGACCCUAAGAAAUUCGAGUGGAGGGAGCUGGCCCCUAUGCAGAUGGCCCGCUCACUCUUCGGGGCCACCGUCCAUGAUGGCCGCAUUUUCGUGGCUGCUGGGGUCACAGACACAGGGCUGACCAGUUCGGCGGAGGUGUACAGCAUCACAGACAACAAGUGGGCGCCCUUUGAGGCCUUCCCACAGGAGCGCAGCUCGCUGAGCCUGGUCAGCCUGGCGGGUACCCUCUAUGCUGUCGGUGGCUUUGCCACACUGGAGACUGAGUCCGGAGAGCUGGUUCCCACAGAACUCAAUGACAUAUGGAGAUAUAAUGAAGACGAGAAGAAGUGGGAGGGCGUCCUGCGGGAGAUUGCCUAUGCCGCUGGGGCCACCUUCCUACCUGUGCGGCUCAACGUGCUGCGCCUGACCAAGCUGUGACCCACCCUGAGGCCUGACUGUGCCCCGCCCCGCCAUGCUGUGGCCUGCGCAGGCCUGGAGUGUGGGAGAGGCAGAACCUACCUGGAUCCCAUCCUGUCAUAGUGCCUGAGGGUCUGUUUCAGCCAGGAAAGGAAAAUUGCUGCCCAGUCCUAGUUUUAGGGCAGGAAGGAGACACUUUCAGCCUCUCCAGUGUCUCCAUACCCCUCAGUGUUUUUGGCCCAUGAGGCAGAGCCUUGGGGGAUGUCCCUGGCCUGGCUGUGUGUGCUGGUAAAUUCCCACAGGAUUCAGUCUUCUUGCCUGUCAGAUAGGGAGUGUCCCCAUUGAGUGCAUCUUGCAGCCUAGAUGAGUCUCCUUCUCCUCCUCGGAAGAAUAAAAGGCCUUCCGAGCAAGCAGCUUGGGGGUUGGGAUCAGGUGUUCCAAGCAAAAAUCCCAGGCUUCUGUAUUCAGAUGUUGGGUUGCCAAGGUCAGUGGUCUCUGCCCUCCACGUGUGUCUCCUCCAUAGUCUGUAUGCACCAAGAGCUUGAACCCCAACCAGGAA